UACCUAUUUCAACAGUCGGCUAUACAUGGAUAACGCUUGCAAUUCAUAAAAGCUUGACGCUCUUGUACUUCCUGAGUUGUUACCAACUUCCGAAGCUGUAUAACUUCCUAAGUUGUUACCAUUUUCAAUUUUAAGAUGGAAAUUGCCCGUGACAUAGCAAAGAAAAUAUUUGCAAUGUUAAUGUGUACAGUGGAGAUGUCUGUUGCCGGACGCGCUGCUUGGUAUCCGUCUCUUAACGCCCAAAAUGACGCUGCAAGGCUCGCAGCGCCACCAAAGGCAGUCGUUCCAUGCUGCCUUGAUUCCCGUACCGCCGAACCAAUUCCUACCCGUCAUCUCGCUGUGCUCAAGUCCCUGAAGGAUGCGGAAGCAAACAUCUCUAACAAUAUGACAACGAUGCGCGAUCCACAUGCUGUAAUGGUCAACAGAUCUACUAAAUGCUACUGCUCGUUCCCCGAAAUGUCGCCUUCGAUUGGAACUACAGUACGUCUCGCCUGCGCACCAGAAGCUCCGGCUGGCCAGAAAUCCACUGCUUUGUUUUCUGACAUUGUGUGGAAGCACCAGACGAAAACGCUUCCCGUAAAUGGCUCAUACACAGGAUUUUUGCGUUACAAAUUCGAAGUAGAUGUUGUCAACGAAGAAAGCCUCUUAAUCCUGCCGAACAUUACAUUUACUGCCAUAGGAGAGUUCCAGUGUUUUCAACGUUGUCGGCGUGGCGGCUCGGAUGACCUGUGUCUACGCAAGCGCUACUGGUUGCGGCCACAGCCUCGCAAAAGCGCUGACGUCUUCGCUUCCCCGCUGGUCGUCACUGUGCUGGAGCCGCAUGUGGCAUUUUCCACCACGUGUGCUCUUUCAUUUCCUUGUAGUCAGACUUUCUCUCAUUUCAUAUGGAGAUACAGAGGUGCGAUCGCCGCGGUUCCCGGAGAUCAUUUUACUCUGGAGAUUGGCUACCUGCUGGCGUUUGCGGGCGUUAAACUUAAUCUGUCAACCACCUCCUCUGGACCGAAUGAACCAGGACACUGUGCUCAAACAGCAACCUUCACCGUGCUGUCGGAGGAACAUCGUGCCGGGAAAGUGGAAUGCUGGGCCAGGGUGGAGCAACAUCCCGAUUUGUGGUUUGUGCAAACCGCGGACGUCAUUUUGUAGGGCGGCAUAAGCUCCUCCUCCUCCAUUAAUCUGGUCUAUGUUUAAUUGACUGUUACCAUUAUUUAUUCGUAGUAUAAUGUUACGUAAUACAGUACUACGAAUAAAUAAUAAUAAUGGUUCCAUAGUCAACUAAACAUGGACCAUUACUUACUUUGUUCAUUGACCAUCGGUAAUAUUAGCAAUUACUUUCUUCAUUGGCCUACUAUAUUCAGCGGCGAUGUCGUACUUUUUUUGCGAGGUACCGUUUUGAUAGACAAUAUCGACGAAACUAGUUUUAUAAAAGAUUGUAUUCGGGCAAACCUCACCGACACGGGUGAUGGAGAACCUUUUCAGUGCGAGCAAAACAUCAAUAAACCUAACCAGUAAGAGGUUUAAACCUUUAAUAAGCAAAUGUUUAAUCUUUCAAAUGUAAGUUCGGUCAUGCACCGGCACGCUGGCUGGACCGUAAUGUCGUUAUCAUUAAAUGUUAGUAUUGUGCAGCAAAAAAAAUAUUGUGUUGCAGUUACUGCUGUACUUCUUUCGUGUUGUUCUUGGAUAGUGCCAG